GGGCGGGGCCGCUCAGCGCCCGCGGCCGCCGCCAUGUCCAUCUUCACCCCCACCAACCAGAUCCGCCUCACCAACGUGGCCGUGGUGCGGGCCCGGCGCGCCGGCAAGCGCUUCGAGAUCGCCUGCUACCGCAACAAGGUCAUGGGCUGGCGCAGCGGAGCGGAGAAAGAUCUCGACGAGGUCCUGCAGACACAUACGGUGUUUGUCAACGUUUCCAAAGGCCAGGUGGCGAAGAAGGAAGAUCUGGUUCAGGCAUUUGGGACAGAUGACCAAACAGAAAUCUGUAAGAUGAUUUUAUCCAAAGGGGAGCUGCAGGUGUCAGACAAGGAGCGCCACACUCAGCUGGAGCAGAUGUUCCGAGACAUCGCCACCAUCGUGGCUGACAAAUGUGUGAACCCUGAAACAAAGAGGCCCUACACAGUGAUCCUCAUCGAGAGGGCCAUGAAGGACAUCCACUACUCUGUCAAACCCAACAAGAGCACCAAGCAGCAGGCCCUGGAAGUGAUCAGGCAGCUGAAGGAGACCAUGCAAAUUGAACGUGCUCACAUGAGGCUGAGGUUUCUCCUUCCACCAAAGGAGGGCAAGAAACUGAAAGAGAAGCUCAAGCCCCUGAUUAAAGUUAUUGAGAGCGAGGACUUCCAGGAGCAGCUGGAAAUUGUGUGCCUUGUUGACCCCGGCUGCUUCCGAGAGAUCGACGAGCUGAUCCGCAGUGAGACCAAAGGGAAGGGAUCCCUGGAAGUGCUCAGUCUGAAGGAUGUGGAGGAAGGGGAUGAGAAGCUGGAAUAACAAAACCUCCCUGCAGCAGUUCUGCUUCAACAGCCUGCCCUGAAAUGACUGGUGUAGCCACACUCUCUUCUGUUAGGCCUUCAUGGGUUUUUUCCAAUCUCUUGCUGCCAAACCUUUUCUGACACUAAUCCUUUGGGAUUUUUCCGUGCAGCGUGGGGGUGGGUUUUUAUCAUUUUACACUUGUUUGGGUUACAGAUGUCUUUGCCUGUAGGAAGCUUCUGUGUCAGGGUUGCACUAAUAAGGACUGAGUUAGGACGUGGCAGGAGGUUGCUCUGGCUUUGCUUUAGUUUCAGGGUUGCUGUUGAAGUUGUUUAAAUGAUACUUUUGAGGUCGUCAGUGUUGAGUGGAAGAUUGCACUGGUCACUGAGGAGGGGGUUUGUGUGUGAGGAGAGGAACCUUUAAAAAAAAGAGCUGCAUUUUCACUUCUGACAGGUGCAAAGUGUGAAUCAUGUCCAAAAAUCAGUCUCUUGGCAGCGUGAAAACUGACUUAGACUUCCAUAAUUGGCUGCUUGGUAAUUAAAGUACUUCAAAGGACCAUUAGUAAAGAUUUCCUUCACUGGAUAUAACAGCACUUGCUGACUUAGAGAUGAUGUUCUCCAAAUAACUUAUUCAUAAGAUAUAUUUAGCUACAUUAAUAAAAGCAAAUGAUCGUCUAUUUAUAUAUUAUAGAUAAAGAAAAUACUUAUUUUUGUUAAUAGUAUAGGAGAUAUCCCUGGCUGUGGUGAGGCUUUUUGUGGGCUGAGCCUAUGCUUGGGAGCUGCUCUCUCUGUUCACAUGAUAAAAUCAAUCUCAAACAGGCAGUGGUGGCCUCUGGCCAUGGAGCCAGACGGGCUUUUGUUGGGCUGUAAUUCCCAGCAGGAAUUGUUUGUGUGUGCCCCUUUGCUUUUUAACGCAGCACAGACCAAUUCUGGCAGCUGGCCUUUAUCCUCUGUCUUUUUGUGCUUCUCUCUCUAAUCCAGGCACAGAAUUUCCAGCCAGCUCCUGGGGCACGGGAUGGAGUUCCUGCUAAUUCUGUUCAAUCUUCUUGCAGCUGUGUUAAACAAAUGAUUGGGAGGGGUUUCGGAGGAGAGGGGAAGGGAGGACAGCGACGGGGGAAGGAGAUACUAAAAAUAUGAAGCACUGGGCAAAGCAGAGCUGGUUCAGUGACUAAAAGCUAAACCAGCAGGAAUGUUGGGAGCCUUUAACGUUACAUUCCCAUUUCCAUGCUGACAGUAGGCAGCAGGUGAGGAGCUGGGGAUAAAUCCAGCCAAGGAUUAGAUCUCUCCCAGGUGAAUGUGUGGUGGUCCCUGGUUGCUGCUGCCUUCCAGAGCUCACCCUCUGACAGUUAAACUGAGCUCAGGUUUGGACUCCUGACCUUUUCCUCUGGACCUUGAACUCAUCGAGAAUUUCCCAGGGUUUCAGCAGGGUGGAAAUCGGCUUGGAAGGAGGGAAGGUCUGGCAUGUCAGGUGGAUCCUCAGUCCAGGACUUCCCCUGGGAAGCUGAUUUGUGCUCGUGCAAAGCCAGCAUCAAUUCCUUCAGCGGGAUUUGGGGAGGACUUGCCACUCCAGAGCCUGAGCUUUGCGGAGGGCAGGUGCUAAAGCGAUUCUUGAACCACUUGAUCCAUUUUAAAGUGCUCUCUCUUGUCCCCAGGGGGUUUAAAUGCUGCCCAGGAAAUUCAGUGGUGUAAUUACUGGGUUGGCCAUGUGGACACGGGCUCAGUGUGGGAGAUCUCUGUGGGUACAGCCCUGAACUGCUGCUUUCUCGUGGCCAUCUCCCCGUACACGCUUCAGGAAGCACUGAGGAUGAUCAUGUGGAUAUUUAGCUUGUCACUGGCAAUUAGCACUAACAUGCAGUUCAUAAAUACGCAAAUGAGAUGCUGAGCAAGAGCCUCAGAGGAACUUAUCUGGGUAAUACCUGAUUUCACAAGCCUUUAAUUUCUUUGUUUUACAUGUUCAACACCUUGAGCACAACAGGGUGGCUGCAGGACAAAGAUCUAGAGUUACAGAACCUUCAUCUGAGCUGAUUUAGGAGCUUGGUGCAAGGAAGGCAAUUUCCUUAUGAAGCCCUUUUUUUCUACAAAUCCAAACAUUAAGGAUUUUCUCGGCUGGAGGGAGCUUGGGUUUAUUUAUAACAAAUAAAUGGACACGCUGGCAUUUCUUGUCAUAUUUGUAGUUCAGCAAGAAUGUCUGGUGAGCAUCAAAAUAAAGCUCAGUAUUGGUAA